AUGCAAGGACUUAUAGUUUAUCCUGGAAUAGUAGAUCAUCACCAUUUACAAGAAAUCCAGGUCCUUUGCUCCUGCCCUCAAGGAAUUUUCUCCAUUACAUCGGGAGAUAGAAUUGCACAAAUGAUCUUGUUGCCCACAGGGAGAGAGGAAAGAACACAAACACAUGGAUGCAAUCGUAUGGGUUCUUCUGGCCAAGAUGCAGCAUACCUAAUUAUGCCACUAAACAAUAGACCCACGCUGCAUUUAACAAUCAAUGGUAAGGGUUUUCAGGGAAUUAUGGAUACAGGGGCCGAUAAGAGCAUCAUCUCCUCACAUUGGUGGCCCCGGGCCUGGCCUGUAGAUAAAUCUUCCCACUCGUUACAGGGCCUGGGGUAUCAAUCAUUUCCUACAAUCAGUUCUACACAAUUGGAGUGGCAGACUCCGGAGGGGCAGAGGGACCUAUUUACCCUUUAUGUCCUUCCAUUACCAGUCAAUCUUUGGGGGAGAGAUGUUCUUUCAGAAAUGGGCCUGACCUUAACAAAUGAGUAUUCUACACAAACUUUUAAAAUCAUGAGUAAAAUGGGUUACAAAAACGGGAAGUGUCUGGGGAAAAAAGGAGCAGGGCAGACUCGAACCUGUUCCCCACCAUGGUAA